AUGGCAGAUGGUGGCGAGGGAACAGUCGAUGCUUUGGUCGCUGCACGAAGUGGUCGAAAAGUAUAUAUUGAGGUCACUGGUCCAUUGGCUCAGCAACGAAUAUCGACCUAUUGGGGAUUAAUUGAUAGCGGUCAAACGGCUGUUAUAGAAAUGGCGCUGGCAAACGGUAUUCAUCUGAUCGAGAAGUCUCAACGCAAUCCUUUAAUUACAUCAACUCUGGGUACAGGGGAAAUGAUCAAAGCCGCUUUGGAUUUGGGUGUUGGUAAAAUCAUUAUUGGUCUGGGUGGUAGUGUUACCAAUGAUGCUGGUGCCGGGAUGGCACAGGCUUUAGGGGCAAAAUUUUUAGAUGAAAACAACCACCCUGUAGAAGUGGGUGGUGGGCAGCUUCAGCAGAUCAAAAGCAUUGAUAUUUCACAACUCGAUGCGCGUUUAAAAGCGACUGAGAUUAUUAUUGCCAGUGAUGUAAACAAUCCGUUAUGUGGUCCAAAUGGUGCUUCUUUUAUUUUUGCGCCACAGAAAGGAGCAACUGCUGAGAUGGUUGGGAUCUUAGAUCAAAACCUUGAUCAUUUUGCUGCGUUGGUGAAACAACAAUUGAAUGUUGAUGUUGCAAAUGUACAGGGUGCUGGUGCUGCAGGCGGUUUGGGUUUCGGACUUAUGGCUUUUACAGGAGCAAAAAUACGCUCUGGUGUAGAAAUUGUGAUUAAAGAAACCCAACUUGAGGAAAAAAUUGCACAAGCGGAUUAUGUGUUUACUGGUGAGGGCGGUAUUGAUUUUCAAACCAAGUUUGGCAAAACGCCUUUUGGGGUGGCGCAAGUUGCCAAGCAGUUGAAUAAACCUGGCAUAUCGGUGAAGGCGUCGAUGAGCUUUAUGCAGAAGGCUUUAGUGCAAUUUUUGGAAUAG